AUGGGAGAAGCUCAACCUCAGGAUCAAGAGAUGGAAGAAGGUGGACCUAGGGACCAACAGAUGAGAGAAGAUCAACUUCAGGACCAAGAGAUGGGAGAAGCUCAAUCUGAAAGAAAAGCUCAGACUGAAAGUCAACCUCAAACUCAACCUCAAACACAAGUUGAAAUGGCAACAUCGGAUGUUGGGCCUGUUCAAGAACAAUUCUUGUCUGAAGAGGUACCAAACAUUGAUAGAACUUCUCGACAUAUACACAAGGGAAGGACUCAUAGGACACUCAGAAAUCGAGUUAUCGAGUUGCCACCACCGGUCACAAUACGACCACGCAAGCGUGCUCCACCACCACGUCCACAAUUGAGAGGGGAAGCACCAGCAUCAGCACCAGCACCACAACCAAAACCAGCACUAGCACCACUCAUAAAGGUUCCAUUCCCCAAGUUUGCCCCUGACACAGAGGAACCAGAAAUCUUAUACUUCGUUCCUAAUCCAGAGAUGCAUCCAAGCUCCUCGUAG